AUGCCGCCGUCAAAGAAACGGUCCAAUGGGUCGUCGCAGCCUUCGACGCCAACAAAGAAGCCCAAGUCAGGGCAACAAUCAGCUUUGACAUCCUUCUUCACAAGCCCUUCAACCUCGUCUAAGGCAACCUUUGCCGUUGAGCCAACCUCACCGACGUCAAGCGUGGCCAAGGCCAAACAGAAGCAGGUUUUCGUGGAUAUCGAUGACGACGACGACGACGUCAACGAGAAUAUAGCCGCCGGAGCAGUGGCAGCGCAAGAGCAAGAAGAUGCCGCGUUUGCGAUAGAGCUAGCAGCUCAAGAAGCGGGCGUAUCGACCGCAGAGUACCGGUCGCGCAUGCAGAGUGAUGAAGACCUAGCGAGGCGACUACAUCAGGAAUGGUCUGGUCAGCAUGACAAGGAUUGCAAAGACAAUGAUACUGGCUCACAUCCAGGUCCAUCAUCUCCAUCGAGACGAUCGACGACAAAAGCGAUAUCGUCCCCUCCCUCUCCCGCCAAGAGACCGCCAGCGACGCCGAAACCUGUAAAUUUGGCAGCACUCGACGCAUCCAUACAGGCCAUACCUCUGGGCGACGACAUCUUUGUCUUUGACCCUUGGACCGUUGACACCUCGUCAUGGCCCACGAUAGCCAACAAGGACGGUGAAGUUGUGCCCACCACCCCUUAUGCACUCUUGACACAAGCCUUUGUUCUCAUCACUGCCACUCGAUCUCGCCUGGCCAUCACCACGCUGCUCACCAACCUGCUUCGCACCGUGCGCGCACACGAUCCCGAAUCCUUACUGCCGACUGUCUACUUGGUCAGCAACCACAUCGCUCCUCCCUAUGACGGUGUCGAGCUCGGACUCGGCGGAUCCAUCAUCAACAAAGCCAUCAAGUCGGUCACGGGCAAGUCGGCGCGCUUCAUGAAACAGGUGUGGGACAAGACGGGCGAUCCUGGCGAUGUUGCGUACGAAGCCAAGAAGGACGUCAAGGCGCUUGUUCGGCCAGCUCCGAUCACGGUCCAACGACUGUUUGCGAACCUGCACAGCAUAGCUCGACUCAGUGGAACGGGAAGUGCCAAUCAAAAGCUUGGUUACGUGACCAAGCUGCUCGUGGCGAGCCGUGGCGAAGAGACGCGUUUUCUGGUGCGAACCUUUAUCAGCCACUUGCGCAUCCAAGCGGUCAGGACCACCAUCGCGACGGCGCUGGCGCGGACAUUCGCGCUAGUGGAGGAGAACGCACCAUCGAUCGAACCACGCAGUCAGAAGGAGAAAGAACGCGCGACACUGCUUCUCGUCCAUCCGCACCGACGCAAAGGCUUACUCGCGAAUGCCACCAAACCAAAAGAGAGGCAAGAUCCGCAGCGGCUCGCGCUGAUGGAGCGUCUGGCAAGAGCCGAGAAGCUAGUGCGCGAGGUGCGAGCUCGCCAUCCCAACUUUGGCGUCAUCGUCCCAUCGCUGCUGCAGCACGGGCUGGCGGGCUUGUCGGAGCACGUCCCGCUUCGCAUCGGCACGCCUAUCUCGCCCAUGCUGGGUUCCAUCACUCGAUCGUUGGGUGCGAUGCACGAAAAGCUUGGACCGAGGGCCUACGUGUCCGAGUUCAAGUACGACGGACAAAGAUGUCAGAUCCACGCCAUUUACGUACCGAGAAGUGCCGGACCAGAGGCUCGGAAAAGCAUCAAGGACGGCGACGCAAAGUGCGGCAAAUGGGUGGGCAAGAACGGCGAGGUGUAUGUGAGGCUCUUCUCGAGGCAUUUGGAAGAGAUGACGGAGAAGUAUCCCGAUAUCACGGAUAUGGUGCCUAUUUUGAUGGGACAGGAGAGCGAGUCGGAUGCCAUGAUCGGGGCGAGUGUCUUCGGGGAAGCCUCGUCAGUCAGCCGUGAAGCGCAGAGUUCGACGGAGGAGGAGGUUGUCAAGAGAGAGGAGGCGAGUGAAGAGAAGACCGAGGGAGGUCGUCAGCCGAUCACUUCGUUCAUCAUGGACGCCGAGGUGGUGGCGAUGGAUUUGGAAGGACGUCUCUUGCCGUUUCAGACCUUGGCCAAUCGUAGUCGGAAGGACGUCAAUCUGCACGACAUCAAGGUCAAGGUAGGCGUGUUUGCCUUCGACCUCAUGUACCUCGAUGGCGACUCGCUGCUCAAAUCUUCGUUCCGAACGCGGCGUAGGCUCCUGCACAACCGGUUUCUUCCGUUGUCGCCGCAGAAUCCACUGAUCGCUCGAUUCGCACACGUUCGAUCGUGCGAGAGCACGGAUCCUGACGAGGUUGCGCGCUUCUUUGCGCAGGCGCAAGAGUACAAGUGCGAAGGGAUCAUGGUCAAGUCGCUCGACCAUCACUGGGAAGCUCCACCGGACAGCAAGGAAGACGAUGAUGCAGUCGAGACGACGGAAGACGAUGACGUCGCAAAUGGCUCGGGUCGACUUCAAAAGCUCGCCGACGUGGUCGAUGAUGACCUAGCCAUGGACAACGAAGACGAAGCGAUUCAGACACUCGACGAUGGCAGCAACGGAAAGCGCAACGGCCGCAAUGGGGCUGAUCUUGUGUCGAUCCCAGCCGAUAUAGGCAAAGGUGUCAAUGGACGCGGUAAGGCAUUACUAUCGACGUAUGAGCCGGACAAACGAUGCGAAUCGUGGCUCAAGGUGAAGAAGGACUACGUGGACGGACUGGGCGACUCUCUGGAUCUGGUUCCGAUCGGGGCAUGGCACGGAAUGGGACGCAAGGCGACGUGGUGGUCACCGAUGCUGCUCGCGCUGUAUGAUCCCACCACGGGCGUGCUGCAGGCGGUUUGCAAGUGCAUCUCGGGCUUCACAGAUGCGUUCUACAAGGAUCUCAACGUACGCUAUGCGGAGGGAUCAGAAACCUGUGUACCAGCACGAUGGGGAGAGCCUUCACCGUUCGGCAUCGAGCUCGAGACGGGCAACCUCUGGCCUGACGUUUGGUGGAAGCCGAGCGAGGUAUGGGAGAUUCGAGGAGCCGACGUCACGAUCAGUCCAAACUACACUGCGGCGAUCGGGCUAGUGAGCGAGGAGCGAGGGCUGUCGAUUCGUUUCCCGCGCUUCAUCAAGAGGAGGGAGGAUAAGACGAUCGAACAGGCGAGCACGCCUGCUAGCUUGGCAAAGAUUUACUUCGAGCAGCAGAAGGCGGCGCCUGCGCCGGGGCAGGCUGGAGAGGAGGAAGCGGUCCAGGACGCUGGAAGCGGAGACGAGCUCGAUGAGGAUCGUGACCGAGCUGCGGUUGCUGCAGACGAUGGAUUCGAGUUUUGA